CAUCCGUUUCCGUAUAGUGCGUCACUUCGCGCGUUUAGAACGGAAUUGAUCUUUGUGUGUACGAGUCGAGCUACCUAGACCAUACGAUUACAAGACUGCGCCACGAGAUCUUGCCUUUUCCCUGUGAUCCCGGAUUUUCGUGGGAUAAGUCAUGUGUUCGCUCAAGCCGGAUGGCAAAAAUCACACCAUGAUACGCGACGACGAUGUCAGUGACGCGUUUGGCUGCACCAGGAAUAGCAUUGUUCCCAUAGGGCCGUUGCAAACAGCACCUACAGAUCGCUAUGCUUUUUACUAUAAGAUGAGCCAUGAGAAACGUGGCUUAGCCAUUAUUUUUAAUCAUGAGUUCUUCACAGUCUCGCAUCUCAAACCUCGUUGCGGUACAAAUGUCGAUUGUGAGAAUCUAAGCAAUACACUGAAAAACCUUGGUUUUGAAGUAAAUGAUUUUCAUAAUUCGACUCACAAAGAUAUAAUAAAAAAUUUAGAAAGGGUUGCAGACAUGGAUCAUUCCCAACAUGAUUGCCUGAUAGUGGCUGUACUAAGCCACGGUGAGCUCGGAAUGCUUUAUGCUCAUGAUACUGGGUACAAAGCUGAAUCUCUUUGGCAAUAUUUCACUGCCGACAGAUGCCCGACUCUGGCUGGUAAGCCCAAGAUGUUCUUCAUACAAGCCUGCCAGGGUGAUAGACUGGAUUCAGGUAUUACACUGAAAGAACGUACCGAAACGGAUGGACAGUCAACCACAACAUUCCGUAUCCCCAGUCAAGCAGACUUUCUGAUUGCUUACUCAACCAUACCUGUGUCUCGACCGGCAGGUUAUUAUUCCUGGAGGAACACCAGUCGUGGAUCAUGGUUCAUGCAGGCGUUGUGCAUGGAAUUGCGCGAAAACGGCACCCGUUACGACAUGUUGACUCUGCUAACGUUCGUGUGUCAACACGUCGCCCUGGACUUCGAGUCGAACACGCCUGAUAAUAUUACCAUGCAUCAACAGAAACAAAUCCCGUGUAUCACUUCUAUGUUGACGCGUUUGGUGAAGUUCACAACUCCGAAGAAUGGCCUAGUAUAGUCGAGCAUUGUGAAGUAAGUAAUUAUCUACUUACUCAUUACGUACACAGACCAGCAUAAUGUAACGGUAGCCUUAAUAUGUCAUAUAACCGUGGUAGUAAGAUAUCCUAUCGUACGCAUUAUCGAUUCAUCAUUUAUUUAUCACUCGAAGAAAUAGCAGCGAUUUGCCAGUGGUAUAUUUGUUAUAACAAUAGCUGCACAAUAAUAAUAUUCAGAAACAGAUGUGAACGGUUACAAGUAGCUUAAUCAUUAUAUGCGUGUUAAGGCUAUGUCUUGCUGGUAUGUGUACUCACGAUACACAGGUCUGAUCAUCUCUCAAAGCUGCUAGCUGGAUGGAACGUACCAAUUUUAUUUAUACGCUGCACUUUGCCAAUGCGAUUGUUGUGUAUUGCAUUUUGGGAACAAGAUGUUGUAUCUUGUAUAUUUAAUAAUUCUACAAAUUGUCCGUGCAAGUACUAAAGUAACGUUUAAAAGUAAACAUUCAUACAUUAAGAAUAGCAAUAUAAGAUAAUAUCCUCUUAUUAUUGAUAAGUUUCUGUACACAAUAGUAUUAUUUUUCUUGUUUUCUUCUUUCUCUACUUAAGUUAUUCUUUUUAUCCUAUCUCUCGCAAGAGAACAGAUAACUACAUACUGCCACAUUGUGCAUUUAUUUUUCACGUCUUCAGUCACAAUUACUUUCAUGACACAAAGAAUACAUAUUACAAAAAGAAAGUGAAAUAUAUGUCCUUUCGUUAUCUUAUCUGAAGGUAUAGCACAGAAACAGCUAUUUAUGACAAGCAUUAAAGUAUAAAACACAAAGAUUUAUUAGGAGACACUUGAGAUCUCCUCUAAAGCAAUCGCUUUGCCUGUGAGAUCUUCAUUUAGCAAGUAAUUGAAGUACAUAAUAAGUACAAAAGUGACAGAUUUACCGAUUAUAUUAAAUAAUAUACCAUAUAUGUAUUCUUAAUCAUAUUUUCCAUCGGUAUAUAAUUUAUAUAUAAUAGCAUAUAUAACAUACAUUGAUAUAUAAAUAUAUGAAACAUAUAUUGAAGAAAAAAAAUCACAAUAAAUAUUUCAUACAUUCUAUUGCAAUAGCACUUUGAUGUUGCAUAUAUAUAUUAAUAGAAUAUUUUUUAAUCAGUAUAUACGCGAUGUGACUGUCCUAAACUUUUACAAUCAUAUACGUAUAUUUUAUACCGAACAUGUGUAAGAGCAAUCUGUGUACGUUCAUUGCAAUAAGCAAUAGCCUGACGUCAACGAAACAAUGUGUAUUUCGCGACUCUACGCAAUUGUAUAACCCGCCUGAGAUAGAAAAUAGUUGUGAUUACCUGUGUAUAAGCAGCAACUACAAUGAGUAUUCAGACGUUACAGAAACAGUUUUGAAAAAGAAAGUGCGAGAGAAAUUUCUCCGUAGUUAGGCUAAUUGAGAUAAGUUACCUGUGCAUGCGCCGAAGUAUCAGUCAGCGGAUGUACAAUGGAAUGGAUAGUUAAGGAACAAUUAUAUAUAUAUAUAUCGACGGCUGCGGCUAAGAGCAACAAAAUUUUGCGAAACGUGAUACUGAGUCUUUCAUAGUAAGAAUAAUCGAAUUCUCAUAGGCCUUAUAUAUUUGCAAUUGUUUUAUAACUACGGUUAAACUAUAUAAGACUAUAUAACAUAAAUACAUAUAUACAUAUAUAUGUGUACAGGAUGAACCAAUGUGAUUAACUUAAUUUUUUGCUGUUAGUGGAGCGAUUGAAAAUGUUCUUGUUCAGUAUACCAUGGUGAGCUUCAGGAUGAUCUUAAAGCUCACCUUGAAUCAUGUUAUAUUAGACAAAAAAUUUUUCAAGCGAUUCACUAACAGCAGAACAAAUUAAGCUGAUCACAUUCCGUGGCUUACCUUGUAUAUUAAGACAUCUCAGGCCGCGUUCUGAUAUUUACUCCCAGUACUGAAAAUCUAUAGUUUAUGUCACGUAUAUUAUAGAUUUUCAGUACCGACGGUGAAUAUCAGAGCCGCAGCCUCAAUAUACAAGACGUUAGUAGUUCUGCGAAUCGCGUUUUCACUUAUUGUUCCUCUUAUAAAAAUGGCUGCGUUCAACAGAAGCGCUUGGUGGUCACAUUGUCUGUGAUUGGAGCAUGCUUGAUAGAUUCAGAAGAGUGUGUAUUCGUCAGGAGUGAUAAUCACUGAACGCUGGAUUUCUGCUGGAACGCCGCCCGUAAGAUGCUCGCAGUUUAUAUCAUGCGAACGCGAUGUUGCGAUGUGAGCAUCUUAUUAUCUAAAAGAUGUUACAAAGUAAUUGCUCAAGAAUAUAAUGAUGCGGUUGCAAAGUAGAAUUGCACAAUGUCUCACGUACCGUAUUUUUGUGAUAAGUGUGCGCUGACAGGUGAAUUCAUUUGUGAAACUGCAUUUUUCAACAUUGAUACCGGUAAAGUAGCAAUUUCGCAGCAUCGUUAUACCGUAGCUUUAGCGAUACUUAAGUGUGCUUUUUGUAAUACAUAUAUUUGUAAUAUCUUUCUAUACACGGACUUAUACAAAUUUACAAAAUAAACGGGAUAAAACGCA